AUGACAAUACCUACUACUACUGUGGAAACUGCAAGCACUUUUGAGGGAAAGUUUGUUAAUCCUCCAGGAGCAGCCUUGGCGCCUAAUGUUCUGGAUCUUUUCUCAUUGAAAAACAAGAUCUGCGUUGUAACCGGAGCUGGUAGAGGAAUUGGCUACCACAUCGCAGAAGCUUACGCGCAAGCCGGUGGACGUCUAGCUGUUUGGGACUAUGAGAAGCCAGUAAAGGCAGCAGCCAAGAUCUCUGAGAGUACUGGUGCAGAAACAAGAGCUUAUGGAUGUGAUGUCGGCGAUCAGCAGAAGGUAAAAGAAACUGUCAACCAAAUAGUUAAGGAUUUUGGAACUAUUGAUGUCUUUGUUGCGAAUGCUGGUGUCCAUAUUGUUACAGACGGAGUCAUUGAUACUUUGGAUGAAGACGGGUCGAGAUGGUCUAAAGUUAUGAACGUUAAUCUCAAUGGAGUCUACUAUUGUUCCAAAGCAGUUGGGAGAGUAUUUAAAGAACGGGGGUCGGGAUCGUUGAUUUUUACCGGAUCCAUGUCAGGUCAUAUUGUGAAUACACCAAUUCAUCACGCUGCCUAUAACACAAGCAAAGCGGGGGUUAUCCACUUUGCGAAGUGUCUCGCUAUGGAAUUUAAAGAUUUUGCCCGAGUUAAUACAGUUUCCCCCGGAUAUAUUGAUUCUGGAAUCAAUAACCAUGUGGACCCCGCUCUACGUCAAACAUGGCAAAAGGAGAUCCCUCUUGGAAGGGAGGGAUAUCCUCGGGAACUGAUUGGUGCUUACCUCUAUUUUGCUUCGGAUGCAUCUACAUAUGCCACUGGGUCGGACUUGGUUGUUGAUGGUGGCUACACCAUUCAUUAG